AUGGCCGUCGCGAGCGCCGAAUUCUCCUGCAUCAAGCCCGUCAAUCCCAUUCCUGCGGGUCCCCCUGGCGUAUGCUGCGAAAAAUUAGACCAGAACGCACUACUGGGCUUCUUAUAUACUGGGAAAACUUGUAUGUCUUCCCUGAGAAGCUAUAGCCAAGAUUGGGAUUUCAUCUGCGAAAAGAAAGGGAUAGCUGCUAAUGGGUUCGAAUUGAAGGCAUCAGAGCCAAUAAAGUGGAUGAAGCCAAGAGUGGAAAGACAACCUAUAGCUCUUGUCAAGAUGGGCGAAAAGCAGCUUGUUGUGACCCGACUCUGUGGAUAUAGCCUACUACUUGGUUAUAUUCGGGAGAAGUACCUCGUCAAGUGGAUGAUGACCAGCUCUGAUUGA